GCGCUCGCAGCCAACGCUGGGACAGGGUUUGCGGUGGCAGAGCCUCAGAUCGCCAUGUUCUGCGGGAAGCUAAAUAUGCAUGUGAAUAUCCAGACUGGGAAAUGGGAACCUGACACUUCUGGGACCAAGAGCUGCUUUGGAGCGAAGGAAGAGAUUCUGCAGUACUGCCAGGAGAUGUAUCCAGACCUCCAGAUUACGAACGUUGUGGAAGCCAACCAACCCGUCAGCAUCGACAGCUGGUGCAAGCGAGGGAAGAAGCAGUGCAAAGGCCACACUCAUAUAGUCGUACCCUACAAGUGCCUGGUGGGCGAGUUCGUGAGCGAUGUCCUCCUGGUGCCAGAGAAGUGCCGGUUCUUCCACAAGGAGCGGAUGGGGGUGUGUGAAAGCCAUCAGCACUGGCACACGGUGGCGAAAGAGGCCUGUCUGACAGAAGGGAUGAUCCUGCACAGUUACGGCAUGCUGCUGCCCUGUGGAGUAGACCAGUUCCACGGAACAGAAUAUGUGUGUUGUCCUCAGACGAAGGUUGUGGAUGAGGCGCUGUCCAAAGAGGAAGAGGAUGAAGACGAGGAUGAGGACUAUGACCUUUAUAAAAGCGAGUUCCCUACAGAGGCAGGUGUAGAAGACUUCACAGGAACAGCCGUGGAGGAAGAUGAGGAUGGAGAAGACGAAGGCGAAGAGGAGGAGGAGGAGGUGGUAGAAGAUCGUGAUUACUAUUAUGAUAGCUACAAAGUUGACGAUUACAAUGAAGAGACCCCCACAGAGCCUAGCAGCGACAAGGCUGUUCCCGAAAAAGAAGUCAGCAGCGAUAUGAAAUCUGUCUGCUCCCAGGAGGCGAUGACAGGGCCCUGCCGGGCUGUGAUGCCUCGUUGGUACUUCGACCCUAACAAGAGAAAAUGCAUUCGCUUUAUAUAUGGAGGCUGCGGAGGCAACAGGAACAAUUUUGAGUCAGAGGAGUAUUGUAUGGCUGUGUGUAAAAAGAUGAUUUCACAGAGCCCCUUGCCGACUGACGAUGUGGACGUCUACUUUGAAACCCCAGCCGAUGACAACGAACAUGCCCGCUUCCAGAAGGCGAAGGAGCAGCUGGAGGUCAGACACCACAACCGCAUGGACCGGGUGAAAAAGGAAUGGGAGGAGGCAGAACACCAAGCCGUAAAUCUGCCCAAGGCAGAAAGGCAGACUCUCAUUCAGCACUUCCAGGCAAUGGUGAAAUCUCUGGAGAAAGAGGCGGCAAGUGAGAAGCAGCAGCUUGUGGAAACUCACCUGGCUCGUGUGGAAGCCAUGUUGAACGAUCGCCGUCGCAUUGCUCUGGAGAACUACCUGGCUGCCCUGCAGGCUGACCCGCCGCGGCCCCACCGCAUCCUGCAAGCUCUGAAGCGCUACGUUCGUGCUGAGAACAAGGACCGUCUGCACACCAUCCGCCAUUACCAGCACGUCCUGGCAGUCGACCCAGAAAAGGCUGCGCAGAUGAAAUCUCAGGUGAUGACACAUCUCCAUGUGAUUGAGGAGCGGAUGAAUCAAAGCUUGUCUCUGCUCUACAAGGUGCCAUAUGUGGCUGAAGAAAUCCAGGAUGAGAUUGAUGAGCUGCUGCAGGAGCAGCGUGCGGACAUGGAUCAGUUCACGUCCUCCAUUUCUGAAUCCCAGGUGGACGUGAGAGUGAGCUCGGAGGAGAGCGAAGAAAUUCCCCCGGAGGGCAAACCUUUCCGUCCGUUCCAGGUGAAAACCUUCCCAGCCUUGCCUGAAAGCGAAGAUCCUCAGCCGGAUUUGUACCAUCCAAUGAAAAAAGGUUCUGGCAUGACCGAGUUGGACGGGCUGAUUGGCGCUGAAGAAAAAGUGAUUAACAGCAAGAACAAAGUGGAUGAAAAUGUGGUAAUUGAUGAAACCCUGGAUGUGAAGGAAAUGAUUUUCAACGCGGAGCGUGUUGGCGGGCUGGUGGACGAGCCGGACAACGACAGCUCCCUGCGCGAUGACUUCAGUUUCAGCAGCAGCGCCCUUAUCGGUCUGUUGGUGAUUGCCGUUGCCAUAGCUACCGUCGUAGUCAUCAGCUUGGUGAUGCUGAGGAAGAGGCAGUACGGGACCAUCAGCCAUGGGAUUGUGGAGGUUGACCCGAUGCUUACCCCAGAAGAGCGGCAUCUGAGCAAGAUGCAAAACCACGGCUACGAGAACCCCACUUACAAAUACCUGGAGCAGAUGCAGAUAUAGGAGAGGUGAAGAUACGACAGCCCUGGCCGGGAAAGGAGCAGGGCAGAGGGCCAAAGUGGUCCAGCGUUUUGGAUCAACUACUGACCAACAGUUGCUUCGAGAGGACUUCAUCUUACAUUCAGAACUCCUGGAUCAUUAAGACUAUAAUUACUACUGUAGAGUUGCAAUUUCCAUUCUUUUAAAUGGGUGAAGAAAUGAUAAUAUAACAAUAUGAUAUAUAAAUCUCCUUAAAUGGGAAAAAUGGAUCUAUUGCAGAUAUUUGACUGAGAUGUAGUUUUCCUUUUUUUUUUUUUAAUAAUCUGAACAAUACCAGUUCCGUUGUACUGUUGUCUGAUACAAGCUCUAUAUAUAUAAAAUGGGAAAUGUUGAUUUUUAUUUCUGAUAGACCACCUGUAUAUUGAGGGUCACUUGUGCCAGCCCGCCUUGUAAAAAAGGAGACAGUUGUGGCUCUUCAGUCAUUUUGGCUUUUAUAUAUAAAGCAGUAUUCUGUUUUCCUUUUUUUUUCUUUUUUUUUUUUUUUUUAAUGAUUUUCGCCGGGAGCUGC